GACAGCGAACGAAAAAGAGGGAGGAGACAAACUUAAGAGUGUGGUAGUGGAGUCUUUAACUGAAAACUGGACGAGCCUGUUGCAGAAAGGAAACGCGUGGUUGUUUAUAUAGUAACCGAUCAUAUCAUAUCGUACGUUUUUACCUGUUUAGCCAAGGAGAGCAAGAACGGGGAAGACUUCUGCCUCUCUAUAUUAAUAAAACAAGUGAGGGAACAGACACGUUUUUCAUUUUUCCCCCACCUGAAGACGCCUUUCGAAGUGCGGGAUCUUUCCACGAUGGCUCCCUCACUCUCUAAAGCAUACCGACGGAGGUGGUGGAUGGCAGGGUCUGCAGUGGUAGAGAACCUGCUGUUCUCUGCUGUGCUGCUGGGCUGGGGCUCCCUGCUCAUCAUGCUGAAGAAUGAGGGUUUCUACUCCCACCUCUGCAAAGAAGGUAACUCCUCAGUGUCUGUUGCGAACAGUACCUGGCUCAGCUGUGUGGAGCAGGAGGAGAUGCUGAAUCUAGGAUUCACCAUCGGCUCCUUCCUCCUGAGUGCGGCCACUCUUCCUCUGGGCAUCCUGAUGGACAAGUACGGUCCGCGACCGCUGAGGCUGCUUGGGAGUGCCUGCUUUGCUUUCUCCUGCGCCAUGAUUGCUGUCUCUGCCUACGACCCUAAGAUCCUCUCUGCUCUCAUCUUCCUCGCUCUGUCCUUCAAUGGUUUCGGAGGAAUCUGCCUGACCUUCACCUCGCUCACGGUGAGAGAAUUAAAGGGACGUGUGACAGAGAAAGGGGCCUGGGAGAAAAAGAUCAAGCUGAGUGGUUUGGCUCUGGAUCACAAGGUGACAGGAGAUCGCUUCUACAGCCAUGUCACCACUGUGGGCCAGAGGCUGAGCCAGAAGCACAGGGACGUGGACUGCUCCACAGAGAACAUAGACCACAGAACAGAGCCACAGAACCCAGUGUCAUUUCGUAGCUCAGUGUGUUCCCCCAUCUUUCUGUGGAGUCUGAUCACCAUGGCGAUGACUCAGUUGCGCAUCAUCUUCUUCAUGGGGGCGAUGAACAAGAUGCUGGAGUUCGUGGUCACCCGAGGAGAAGAGCACCGUAAGCACUUCCGCAGGAACACCGCCACACGGUGACACACCACACACGCCCUGACGCCCGUCACAGCUUCACAGCGCCGGCCUGGCCUCCGCAGCGCGGGCCGCGGCUCGGUGACCAGAGGGUUGUAGGUUCAAACCCCAGCUGUGACGCUGCUGUUGUGCCCUUCAGCACAGUGCUUCCCCUCAGCCGGCCCAGUGAAACACCCUGCGGUGUAAAUCGGCGCACACGUAAGUGGAGCUGGACAAAAACACCAGCCGGAGAAAUAUCUAGACAUCGUGACUCCACUCGAAACCUUUCUGACAUUCCCAUAGGACACACACUACACCCAUGGCAGCGUGGAAAAGCCAUAAAAAAGCAAACAAAAUGUCAGGAGAUAGUGUGGAAUGAGAAUAAAAGUGGAGAUUUAAAUCCAGCGAUUCAGUGUUCGAAAUACAGUGCGCUGAAAAGACCUUAUUCGGCCUUCGUGCACGGCGCAAGAUUGUAGUAGGUUUGGUCAACUCGUAAUGGUGUUCCUCGCAGACGCUCGUGAGGAUGGUAAGAUCCUCGUCUCGCUUGCCUGUAUACACAAGUCUCGCACCCAGCCCCUCCUCUCGCGUGUCUCUCCUGCGCCCCUCCCUGCCCCCCAAUCCGCAGGCCUAGAACAGCCGCUGGAGAGCGUAUUGAUUUGGAGCCCCUAGACUCGAUCGCAAGCCUGUUGUUCCAGCUCGUCUUCCAC